UUUCUCCGUAAUUCUGGCAUACAGAGAGUAUAUGGACAUUACUCUCGGAAAUUUUGGCGGCAUUAGCACACAUUCCGGCAAGAAUGAGGAUAGGAAGACUCUUGACGAGUCUCGGAGGCAGACGAAUAAAUUCGCGCUACCUUUGCACAUUUUCUGACAAACUGUUUCGUCAAACUGCAAGGUGUGACUAUGGGAGGACGAUUUCAGCCCAGAUACAGGGCGCAGGCAUGACGCAGAGGCGUUUCUCGACAGACGUUGACGCUGAGAUAGAGGAGAGGCUGCGCAAGACGAUCGAGGCUGAAAAGCUUUUGAUUUUCAUAAAGGGCACUCCUGAGGAGCCUCAGUGCCAGUACAGCGCCAAGUUGAUUGGAAUCUUGAAUAACUACAAGCUGAAUGACUACGCAUACAUCAAUGUCUUUUCUCACGAGGCUCUGAGGAGGUGUGUGAAGAAGAUUAGUGACUGGCCAACAUUUCCUCAAGUAUACGUAAAUGGGCGACUAAUUGGUGGCUCCGACAUUGUAGAAGAGCUUCACUCCACUGGUGAGCUCAAGAAGCUCUUUGAGAGCGGCGAGUAAUUUUCUCUCCAUGUGCUAU